AUGGACGCAAAUACAACAGAAUCCUUCGCGUCAUUGAAUGAUGCCAUAAAAUAUGUUGCUUCUGCUUCUGGUUUAUUUAUCAAUCGCACAUUGUUUUUACCACAAAGACAAUCGAUUGGAUCGUCAAUUUUAAAUCUAAUUCCCCUCUUAUUAGGAGCUCUCAGUUUAAUUAUUAAUAUUCUUGGAUUGUUAAUAUUUACAGUUUCGAAAACUUUUCAAGAGAGUUCAUUUCGUUGUUAUAUCUAUGCUUUUGUACUUGCCAAUUGUGCAAGUAUUUUAAGACAUAAACGUUUUCUUAAACGAGUAUCAUCAAUUCUUCUUGGCAAUAAAUCUCGUCGUUUAAAACUUUCUUUAGCAAAUGAAACGACAUUAGCAUUACUAUGCCAAUCAUUAUGGUUGUUAAUAACAUACGUUUCACGACAUCUCUAUUAUUCUUUAAUAUCAUUUAAAUUAAUCAAUGAUCAUGGUCGUGAUAAUUCGACAUUAAUUUUUUUUAAUCAGACAAAAUCUAUUUUUCACCAACACUCUAUACAUAGAAGAUCAAGUUCACUGCAUACAUUACGAGGAAAUCAGCGAUUGGAAAAUUUUACAAUGCAUGAUAAUCAAUCAUCGCAACAUCAACAAAACUAUUUAGUUUCAUUACUUUCAAAAACUGAAGAAUUGCCGCAAAAACUUCUUCCAACACCAAUAGAAGAACCCAAAUAUCAAUCGAAAAGUUCAUCACGUCUAUUUAUGUAUAGCAAUGAAGAUGCAUUGGAUCAUUAUAGAAAAUCAGUGCGAUCUUCGACAUUUCUUAAAUGA